AUGCCACCUAGCUUUGCUUUAGCACAGCAGCAAUCUUACCCGGGGAGUCUCUUCAACAUCAACAACAGCAAUAACAAUGAGAAAGAUGAGAAGACAAAAAAGAAAAAGGAGAAGAAAGAAAAGAAGGAGAAAAAGGAGUAAGAAGCAAAAAAAAAACAAUCUCUGUGUGUCUAAUGUUAUCUUCACAAUAAACAAUGUGAAAUGAUGCCUGCAUUUUCAUUCAGGAAAAAGGAUAAGAAGGAAAAGAAAGAAAAGAAGAUGGAAAAGGAAAAAGAAAAGGCAGAACAAAUAGUGAAAGAGAAAGAAAAGGAGAAGGAGAAAGAUAAAAAAGAAGGGCCCAAAGAAAUAUUAGUCAUUAACCCAGGAGAUGCUAUUUACUACAAAUGGCUGUUUGUCAUCGCCAUGCCAGUAAUGUACAACUGGACCAUGAUAAUUGCCAGAGCCUGUUUUGAAGAAAUGCAGCAAAAAUAUCUGGUAAUGUGGUUCAUCAUCGACUUUAUAUCUGACGUUAUAUAUCUGGCUGACAUGGCUUUCCGAACAAGAACAGGGUAUCUGGAGCAAGGCUUAUUGAUCAAAGAUGAACAGAAACUGCGAGAUCGAUACGUCCAGAGUUUUCAGUUCAAACUGGACGCGCUGUCCAUGAUUCCCACCGAUAUUCUGUACUUUUUCCUGGGGGUGAACUACCCAGAGAUUCGCCUGAACAAACUGUUCCGAGUCGGCCGCAUGCUCGAGUUCUUCAUCCAGUCGGAGACGAGGACCAACUACACCAACAUUUUCCGCAUAUGCAACCUGGUCAUGUACAUCGUGAUCAUCAUCCACUGGAACGCCUGCCUAUACUACGCUUUCUCCAAGGCCAUCGGCUUUGGGUCCGAUACCUGGGUUUACCCGGAUCUCAGCCACCCCGACUUCGGGAAACUGCUCAGGAAGUACGCGUACAGCCUCUACUGGUCCACCAUGACAUUGACCACCAUCGGCGAAACUCCGCCUCCCAUCCUGGACUGUGAGUUCUUCUUCGUGGUGACAGACUUUUUGGUGGGCGUGCUGAUCUUCGCCACCAUCGUGGGUAACGUGGGCUCCAUGAUAACCAACAUGAACGCGGCCAGGACCGAGUUCCAGUUCAGGGUCGACUGCAUCAAGCAGUACAUGCACGUCCGGAAGGUCAGCAAGGACCUGGAGGACAGGGUCAUCAAGUGGUUUGACUACCUGUGGAACAACAAUAAGACGGCAAACGAGAGGCACGUGCUGAGGUAUCUGCCAGAUAAGCUGAAGGCCGAAAUCGCCAUCACUGUCCAUCUGGACACGCUCAAGAAGGUGCGGAUCUUCCAGGACUGCGAGGCGGGGCUCCUGAUCGAGCUGGUGCUCAAGCUGCAGCCUCAGGUCUUCAGCCCCGGCGACUACAUCUGCAAGAAGGGCGACAUCGGGCGGGAGAUGUAUAUCAUCAAGGACGGGCAGCUGGCGGUGGUGGCGGACGACGGCGUGACGCAGUUCGUGGUGCUCAGCGACGGGAGCUACUUUGGCGAGAUCAGCAUCCUGAACAUCAAGGGCAGCAAGGCGGGAAACCGCCGAACCGCCAACAUCCGCAGCAUCGGCUACUCCGACCUGUACUGCCUCUCCAAGGACGACCUGAUGGAGGCGCUGACCGAGUACCCGGAGGCCAAGGGCAUGCUGGAGGAGAAGGGCCGGCAGAUCCUGAUGAAGGAUGGCCUCAUCGACCUGGACCCCGCCAACCUGAAGCCCGACACCAAGGACCUGGAGGAGAAGGUGGACCGCCUGUACGGCAACCUGGAGAUCAUGCAUGUGAAGCUCUCCCACCUGAUGGCGAACUACAGAACCAUGCAGCUCAACAUGAAGCAGCGCAUUGCCCACAUGGAGAGGAUCACCGGGGAGGUGGAGGAGGAGGAAGAGGAGGAGGAGGGAGAAGGCCAGGCACAGGAGGUAAAGAAGGAAGUCGGAACAGAGGGAGAGAAAGAGGUGGAGAAGGAAGAGGAAGAGAAGGAGGAUGAGAAGGAAGAAGAGAAGAAAGAAGAGGACAUUAAGGAAGAAGAGAAGAAAGAAGAGGAAAAGAAGGAAGAUUAA